CUUUUCCCAACCGCCAAUAAAUACGAAGAAGAAGAAGGAAAAUGGAUGUAAACUUUCCGAUAUGUUGGUUAUGAUCGCAUAAUUGCAGUGCAGUGGCCAUUUGGUCCGUCUUUUCACAGCGUAACACAAUAAAACAUCAAGGAGUGCAACUUGCAAAACUGAUACACCGGGGCUGCUGUCGUUUUCCGAUCUACCGGAGGUAACAAAAAUUACCCUGAACGCGAUGAAUGAUGAAACCGAAGUGGUAAAAAUGGAGGUGCUAAACUCAAGGCCGUAAAUGAAAACAGAUAACAAAUGUAGCCACAGUGAGAUCUACCUUCAUAGGUUGGAAGUUUUGCUGAUCUGGUCAUCAGCUACUGGAACUUCCACUCAGCAGAAUGGCAGACAGUGGAAACCAGUCCUGCCUAAUGGAAGCACAAGACACUGUGUCCUUCUUGGUGUGUUUGUUUCAUGUGUGGGAAGAAUGGGCAGGCCUUGAUCAGCUGGAGGACUACCUGAGUUUUCUCGAAUACCUGUUGUGGGUCUUCACGCCUCUUGCUGUUGUUUUCCUUGUGCCAUUCCUUAUUGUUAUUCUUCUUUACCUCUCAAUACUCUUCCUUCAUGUAUAUAAGAGGAAGAAUCAGCUAAAGGAAGCUUACAGCAACAACUUGUGGGAUGGAGCCAGAAAAACAUUGGCAACCCUGUGGGAUGGACAUGGAGCCAUAUGGCAUGGUUAUGAGAUUCAUGGAAUGGAGAAGAUCCCCAACAGAGGACCAGCUCUAAUUGUGUACUAUCAUGGAGCUAUACCUAUUGACUACUAUUACUUCCUGUCCAGUGUUAUAAUUCAAAAGGGACGUACCUGCCAUUCUGUAGCUGACCACUUCCUCUUCAAGAUUCCUGGUUUCAAGUUGCUGUUAGAAGUGUUCUCAGUAAUCCAUGGUCCUCAGGAGGAGUGUGUCCGGGCUCUGAAGAAUGGUCACCUGCUUGGUAUUUCUCCAGGAGGAGUGCGAGAAGCUCUGUUUAGUGAUGAGACCUACCUUCUUUUUUGGGGCAAACGCAAAGGAUUUGCUCAGGUUGCCAUUGACUCUCAAGUGCCAAUAAUUCCAAUGUUUACUCAGAAUCUACGGGAGGGUUUUAGAUCUCUUGGGACACUAAGAUUAUUUCGUUGGCUGUAUGAAAGAUUUCGUCUCCCUGUAGCUCCAGUUUACGGGGGAUUUCCUGUGAAAUUUCGAACCUUCCUUGGUGAUCCUAUUCCAUAUGACCCAAACAUUAAUGCUGCUGAACUAGCAGAAAAAGUGCAGCAAGCGGUCCAGUCUUUGAUAGACAAACACCAGCAGAUCCCUGGGAGCAUCUUGAGGGCCUUGUUCGAGAGAUUCUACACUAAACACAAAGGCCAGCAACAUCAGAAUUAAAAAUGACAAGUUUCCAUUUUUUGACCAAAUGUGCACGUAUGAUUGACUCAAUACAUUCUUGGUGGCCUUACAUAUUGGAGUAUUUUCAGUUUUCUUUGAGGCCCCCAGACACAACUGACUGCAAUCCGCAUGCACACUGUUGGCUGUUUGUAUUUGUCAUUUGCUGAUUUCCGCAAAUGAUAUUACUUUUUACAACACCUAUACUUCUAAUGGGAUGUAAAAUACAAUUUAUUUGCAAAAACAUUAGCGAUAUAAUUAAAGGUGGUAUUACUUGAAAGAAUAUGAGAAUUGUAUUUAUGGAGAGUACAUGCGUCAGCAUGAAAUGUCUAUAUGUAGUGUUUUACUUAAAAAAUAAAUAUAUAAGUGUCUGGUGUGUGUGUGCGCGUGUGUGUGUGUGUAUAUAUAUAUAUAUAUAUAUAUAUAUAUUACACACACACACACACGUGUGUGUUUAUAUCUAUCUAUCUAUCUAUCUAAAAAUAUGUAUAUCUAUACACACACGUGUGUAUUUACAUUUGAUGGUACACAAUGAUCGUCUGUCACCCUGUUGUUUAGCAAUGGUGCUGUCCUAUUUCAGCUAACUGAACAAACCAUCCAGACAAUUUCUAAUAUCCUUUUUAACUAGCUGUCCCUAAAUUUUAAACGAGGUUUCUAUUCUCAGCACCAGGAUUAUAAAAACAGCACAGAUUUUGUUUUUCUUUGGCUGAACAUGUUGUACAGACAUAAUAACAACUUUUUUCCUUCUUAUACCUUUUAGCUGCUGUGUUGUCUUUAAGAGUUCACAUUAUUUUAUUAUUUUUUUGUGGUUCAUAGUACUGUUUUAAGCAAAACGACAGACAUACCUUUGGAAACUGCCUUUAAAUGUGGUAAAUUGCUUUCUUUGUGUUCUGUUUAUAAACCACGUUUUACAAAAUACCACAGGCCUAAAGUUAAUUUGUUUUUGCAGUUUCUUGAUAUAUUUCUGUGUACAACAUGUCUGUAUUGCACAUUAGAUUAUGCAUUCUUUUAGUUUUUUUAUUAUUUAUUUGAAUAACAUGCAUUCAGUUUACUAGCCUUGUGGCAUGCCAUAAUUGCAAAAUACAUUGUAAACAUGUUGCUGACACUGAUUUUGACUAUGGUAAGGCCCCUAAGACCAGUUGGAGCAAUUCCGGACUUGGAGGAGGAAAGUGUAGCUCUAAUUUAGCUGAAGCAAACAGGAAAUAACAUACAGUCAUGAAAAAAUUUGGAAACCCCAUUAAAUACUUAGUUCUUUUAAAAGAAUAUUCAGAUAGUUUUUCCUAAUAUACAGCAAAACUAUUAAGCAAACCUCUCUGAACAUUCUUUUAACAUACAGAACGUUACAGCUCUUCACUUUUUACACAUUUUGUUAUGUUGCAACCUUAUUACAAAAUAGAUUAAAUACACGCUUUCCUCAAAGUUCUACAAAUAAUUGUUCUUUGUGAAUAUAUUAAAAAUAAAAUGCUAAGAAAUCACAA